AUGUGCAACACUAAAUGGCUUGCUGCUAGAUUUAAGGAUGAUAUAAUUAAACAACCAUCUUUGAGAAUAUGGGAAAUACAUGACAUGUGCGGGGAUAAGUUAGGACUUUAUGUUGGUAGGACAAUUUGCUACAGAGCAAAGAUGAAGAUUCUAAAAGAGUCUAUGAGUGAUUGGAAUUCAGAGUUUGCAAGAUUGUGUGACUAUGCUGAUAUUAUAAAACAGACAAAUCCUGGUAGUUCUGCUUGGGUGAGGAUGGACAGAGAAAGUUGUCCAGGGAAGAAUUUGUUUGUGUACUUCUAUGUCUGCUUGGAUGCAUUGAAGAAGGAUGGAUGGAAGGGUGCUUGUAAAGGUGAACUGCUAGUAACAGUUGGCAAGAAUGGAAACAAUCAGAUGUUUCCUAUAGCCUGGGCAGUUGUUGACUCAGAGACUAAGCAUAGUUGGAGUUUUUUCAUUAAUUACUUGAAAAAGGAUCUGCAGUUGGGUACUGGUGAGGGUCUUACUGUGAUGGCAGACAUGCAAAAGGGUUCUCAUGCAGCUGUAGAAGAAUUGUUACCCAAUGCUGAGCACACAUGUAUCAGACACAUCUGGUCUAAUUGGCAUCAACAAUGGAAGGGUGAAGAGAGAAGAAAACAAUUUUGGAGGUGUUCUAAGGCCAGUUUUGAGGUGAAGUUCAGACACAAAUCAAUUAUAACCAUGUUAGAGGAAAUUAGGAGAAAAAUAAUGAUUAGACAAUGUGAUAUGAUUAAGUUUGCCAACACUUGGAUAUCUGAGAUUUCACCUAUGGCUAGACUUACCUUAGAGGAUAAUAAGGAAAUGUCUAGGGGCUGCAAGGUUCUUUGGAAUGUUGAUAUUGGAUUUGAGAUUGGAGAGGGUGAGGAUAGGCAUACAGUUAACAUGAGUACUAAGAGUUGUAGUUGUAGAACUUGGCAACUGAGAGAAAUUCCAUGUCAGCAUGCUGUUUGUGCGUACUACCACAUAGAACUAGAGCCUGAACACUUUGCGAAGCAUUAG